AUGUCCUCGCUCAAACCUGUAAUCCAAGGAUUUCUUCCCGUCAUCGGACUCGCUUUAGUAGGAAGUGGAACUUAUGGUAUUCUCAAACCAUUGAAUAUGGCCCACAUCUUUGGUAUUCUGAACGCUGGUCAACCCGAGGUACUCUUCUACCCGGGUUUAGCGGGUCGAAACCUUGCAGCUGGUAUCGCAGUCCUAUUCCUUACCUACCAAAGACAGUUCAAACCACUUGGCACAUUCUUACUCUCCUGGAUGGUAGUUGGUUUCGUCGACACCUGGAUCUGUUUAACCAACCCAAAGGUUGUCAACACUUGGCUGCAUGUCAUGAACACUGGUCUCCUCGCGGUUGUUUCUUCUGGGUUAUUGGACUGGUGGUAG